AUGGCUGGAAAGCAGGAGGAAAAUCGAGCCACAGUCACCGGUGGCUGGAAGCAGCUGAGUGGUGGUACACUACUCGUGCAGUGUCGUGGUCCUGUCCCGCCAACCACAUCUGGCCAAUUGAAGCGUGGGAGCCACCACCAACCACCACUGUUUUUCGGCGCUUGGCCCCUUCUGGGGGGCAACGGCAACGCAACACAGCCCAAAAAUACGAGACCCCGUGUCUGA